AUGGUUAGUAAUUCGUUAAAUUUAGUCAAUGAUUAUGUAUAUGAUCCAACUACUAAUAUUCAUUAUUACACCAACAGAAAUAGUCCACAAAAUAACAUUCAAGCACCAUCAUCACCUCCAAUUAAUAUUCAAUCUAUUGAUUCACCUGCAAGAUCUAUUAGACGUUUACAUUCUGACGACCAUGAUGAUGAUUUUACAAUGGUCACGUACAAGAAGAAAAAAAAAAAUAAUAAUAAUAAUAAUUUGAUGUACCAUAAGAAUCAGCUGUACCAACAAUCUUCUUCUUCUGUUAACAACAACAAUUGUCAAUCUUCAUCUCAAUUACAUAAUCACCGCAUUAUCACUAAUUCUAAUUUGAUGCACCACAAAGCAACACAUGAUUCAUCUCAACACCACCCUGAUAUUACCAUGGCUGCAACACGUUAUGCACAAACCAGAUUUCCAUUUUCACCAUUUAUAAUUCGUUUUUCAACUGGAAAUGUCAAGGACAAACAAGCUGCUGAAGAAAUUUCCUUAUUUUUUAAAAAUGAACAUCAAAUUGAUAUUUUAUUUUUUAACUAUAGAUCAUCAACGUUCAAAUGCUCCUCCAUUGAAUAUGAUAUUCUGCUUUUUGUUAAAGAUGCUAAUUCAUUUACUAGUCUUCUAGAUGAAGAUAAAUGGCCACCACAAAUAGGAUCUCAAUUUUAUACAUUUCCUUCGUCACCUACUAUUCCUCCUCAAUUAUCACUUAUUAUAAAACAUGUUGAUUUUCAUACGGAUAUGAAUGAUUUUUCUGGUGAUUUAAAAGCAAAAUUUCCUGAAAUUAAGAAUGUCAUUAGAUUAAAGAAUAAAUUUCAGCAAGACAUUAAAAUGGUUAAAAUUGAAUUUGUUUCAACUUUAGCUCGUGAUCAGAUUUUAUCUGCUGGUAAAAUUAAUAUUAAUUAUAGAUCAUUCGAUGUAGAAGAAUAUAUUGCUCCUGCUAGAGUACUCAUCUGUAGCAAGUGUUGUGGCAUUGGCCACUUUAAACGCCAAUGCACACAAUCCAAUGAAACAUGUAAAACUUGUGGACUAUCUUUCCCGGAUUUAAAACAACAUCUAUGUUCAAAUCAGCCCAAAUGUAUUCAUUGUGGAGGUGAACAUUUAUCGAAUGUGGUGAGCUGCCCGGUGGUCAAACAAUUUCGUGCUGCAUUAACCAAAAAAUUAUUAUCCAUGAACUAUAAUUCAACAUCAACAUUCAACUGUUUUAAAUAUGAUCCUGUUCAAUUUCCUCAAUUAAAUCCUUCACAUAAUUCAUCUAUUACUGGUUCACACAAUAUGAUAUUAUCUAAACUCAAUGAACUUGCUAUUAACAUGGAAAAAAUGAACGACAAUAUCUCUAAAAUAACAUUAUGUAACGAAAAAUUCGAGAAAUUUAUGAAGGAUAAAACAGAUAGUGAUAAAAUUAUUCAACAAGAAAUAAAUGUAUUAAAACAUAAUGAUAAAGCUUUAGAAGCCAAUCAAGUUCAACAUGAAUUAAAAUUGAAAAGGUAUGAAAAUAUUUUAGUGAAAUUAUUGAUGCCAAUGCUCGAUGAAAUGUCCAAAGUUAUUCUUUUACUUAAUCACGAUCAACAUGGUCGUCCUAUGGAUCCUGGUCUUAAGACAAAUUUCGAAAUAAUUCGUACAAAACUGGAAUUAGCCCUAGAAGGUAAAGACUUGUCAUGA